AUGGCGGGGGUCGAGCCUUUCCCGCUGCUCAACACUUCGGCAGACCAGCUGCACAGUGCUGACGUCAACGUUGCGAGGCGCAGGCGUAAGAGCAGCGGCCUUGGAGGCGAGAUUCGUGCUGGCGACACGGGCGCGCCAGCACUGGCCUCUAGCAGAGUCAGUCUCAAUGCCCAGGACUCGGAGCACGACUCGUCUGAGGGCUCAGAAGAUGCCUCUGGCGCUCCCAAGGUUUCCAAGCGCCGUCGCACUCGCGGAUUCUUCUCGCAGGCUCGCCAGACCAUGGUCAAGCACACCUUUGUCCUGCCCGCCGUCCUGCUGCUCGUCUUCCUGACUGGCUAUGCUGUCAACCCGUCGGAAUCCAACCCGCUACACCACUUUCUCUUCUUGUCGUACCCGAUGCCCCAGGACGAUCCCCUCAAGCCCAUCCACUAUGGUAAGGGCAAGUGGGACAUUGCGUUCGUCGCCUUCUACACCAUCGUCCUGUCCUUUGCUCGCGAGUUCAUCAUGCAGGAGGUCUUGCGCCCAUUGGCCCGCAUGACGGGCCUCAGCAAGGGCAAGCAGGCCCGUCUCAUGGAGCAGAUGUAUACCGCCCUUUACUUUGGCGUCCUUGGACCUGCUGGCAUGUACGUCAUGAGCCGCACGCCCGUCUGGUACUUCAACACCCGCGGCAUGUACGAGGGCUUCCCCCACCGCUCGCACGAGGGCGUCGUCAAGUUCUACUACCUCUUCCAGGCUGCCUACUGGGCCCAGCAAGCCAUCGUCCUCCUCCUGGGAAUGGAGAAGCCGCGAAAGGACUUCAAGGAGCUUGUGGGUCACCACAUCGUCAGCCUGGCCCUCAUCGGCCUGAGCUACCGCUUCCAUUUCACCUACAUUGGCAUCGCCGUCUACAUCACCCACGACAUUAGUGACUUCUUCCUCGCCUCGUCCAAGGCUCUCAACUACAUCGACCACCCCAUUGUUCCUCCUUACUUCGCCAGCUUUGUCGUCGUUUGGAUCUACAUGCGCCACUUUAUCAACCUCAAGAUCAUCUGGUCCCUCUUCACCGAGUUCCGCACCGUUGGUCCCUUUGAGCUCAACUGGGAGACUCAGCAGUACAAGUGCUGGAUCAGCCAGUAUAUCACCACAGCCCUGCUUGCCUCCCUUCAGGCGUUGAACUUGUUUUGGCUCUUCUACAUCCUGCGCAUCGCCUUCAGAUUCAUCCGCGAUAAGGAGGCGACUGAUGACCGAUCUGAAGACGAAGAUGACGAUGUCGACGAAAAGCCCGCCUCAACCAAGCCCAAUGGCAAGAUGGCCGUCCCUUCUCUUGAGGUCCACUACGAGGCCGAUGAAGACAAGGAGAACAAGCACUAA